AUGUUUUCGCUAUUAAAAUCAAUUUGCAAGAAAAAUAUGUCAACUGCUACCGGUGCUAAAGUCACUCAACCAAAAUGGUGGAAACCUGAAAUGGAUUUGAGUAAAAAAUCAGUCUUGAAGGUUUACAACACCUUAACAAGAAGUAAAGAAGAGUUCAUCCCAAGAUCUGGUACCAAAGAGGUCUCAUGGUAUUCCUGUGGUCCUACCGUUUAUGAUGCUUCUCAUAUGGGCCACGCAAGAAAUUAUGUCUCUAUUGAUAUUAACAGAAGAAUCUUACAAGACUAUUUCGGCUACAACAUCAAUUUUGUUCAAAAUGUCACCGAUAUCGAUGAUAAAAUUAUUCUAAGGGCAAGACAAAACCAUCUUUUUGAAGAAUAUGUCAAGUCCAUUGACGGAGAUAUCUCAAAUGAUGUCAUCUCAAAAAUUGAAUCAAGUUUAUUUCAAUAUAUCGAAAAAAACUUAAAACAAUCUUCUAUCAAGUCUAUCAAUGAUUUCGAAAAUUGGUAUAAACAAGUUGACGUCGAAUCCAUGAAAAAUGAAGAUCCAAAAUUCCCAAUGCAUAUCACUGCUGUUCAAAAUGCUAUCAAGGCUUUGAACGACCCAUCUUCUCAAGAUUUCUUCAAUUUAGUUAAAGACGUUUUAGUUCCAGUGCUAGAUAAAGAACUAGGAUCUUCUAUUAAUCAUCCAGAAAUUUUCCGUAAAUUGCCUGCCUAUUGGGAACAUCAAUACGAUAAUGAUAUGGCCAAAUUAAAUGUAUUGCCUCCAAAUGUUACCACCAGAGUCUCCGAAUAUGUUCCAGAAAUUAUCGAAUUCGUUGAAAAAAUUAUCUCUAACGGUUAUGCCUAUGCCGCUGAUGAUGGCUCUGUUUAUUUCGAUACCCAAAACUUUGACACUUCAAAAGAUCACAGUUACGCCAAGUGUCAACCUUGGAACAAAGGUCAUUUGGACUUAAUUAAUGAUGCCGAAGGUUCUUUGAGUAAUUUCUCAAACACAAAUGGUAAAAAAUCUCCAAGCGAUUUCGCUUUAUGGAAAGCUUCCAAACCUGGUGAACCAGAAUGGGAAUCUCCAUGGGGAAAAGGUAGACCAGGUUGGCACAUCGAAUGUUCUGUUAUGGCUAGUGAUAUCUUAGGUCAAAACAUCGAUAUUCAUUCCGGUGGUAUAGAUUUAGCUUUCCCACAUCAUGAUAAUGAAUUAGCCCAAUCAGAAGCUCAUUUUGACAACAACCAAUGGAUUAAUUACUUCUUACACACCGGUCACUUACAUAUUGAAGGUCAAAAGAUGUCUAAAUCUUUGAAAAAUUUCAUUACAAUCGACGAAGCAUUGAAAAUGUACUCUGCUCGUCAAUUAAGAUUAGCCUUUGCAUCAGUUCAGUGGAAUAAUCAAUUGGAUUUCAAAGAAAGUUUAAUUAAUGAAGUUAGAUCGACUGAAACAUCUUUCAACAACUUUUUUGCUAACGUUAGAGCUUUAAAUAACGAUUAUAUUAAUAUCAUUUCUCAACCAAAUGGGUUCGUAUCCAAGAAAUUAGGAUCAUUGGAAAGACAAUUAUUGGAAGAUUUCAAGAUUGCUCAAGAAAAGGUUGAUAUUGCAUUCUGUGACAAUUUGGCUACCCCUCAAGCUUUAAAAGCCUUAAGUGAUCUAGUUACUUUGACUAACACUUACAUUUCUUCUGUCGGUAAUGAUAUUAGAAUUGAACCAAUCAUUUCUAUUUGUAAAUUUAUCACUAAGAUUUUCGGUAUCAUUGGUUUCCCAGUUCGUUCUGAUGGUCUAGGUUGGGAAAAUGCUGAUUCAUCAAAUGCUGCUAAUGGCUCUUCUGUAGAAGAAACCGUAAUGCCAUACGUACAAUGUCUAUCUAAAUUUAGAGAUAUCGUUCGUUCGUUAUCCAUCGAGAAGGCAAAUUAUGUCGAAUUUUUGAAAUUAACCGAUCAGAUUAGAGAUGAUGAUCUAUUGAAAUUAAACAUUGCAUUAGAUGACAGAAAUGGUCAAUCAGCAUUAAUUAAGUUCUUAACUGAUAAUGAAAAAAAUGAAAUCAUCAAAAAUAAUGAAGAGAAAUUAGCUAGAGAACAAGAAAAAUUAAAGAAGAAACUUGAACAACAAAAAUUGAAAGAAGCUAAGGAAAAUGAAAGAAUGGAAAAAGCAAAGGUCUCGCCACAAGAAAUGUUCAAAACUUCAGAAUAUACAGAAUGGGAUGAACAAGGUUUACCAACUAAAGAUAAAGAUGGCAACGAAGUAACAAAAUCUAUGACUAAAAAAUUGAAAAAACAAUGGGAACAGCAAAAGAAACUUCAUGAAGAAUACUUAUCUAAAUUAUAA